AUGCCUGCAGAGUCAAUUGCGCGUCGCAAAAAGUCCAAAUUCAAGUCAAAUAAUGUGAUCCGAGCUCCUAAGACUAAUCGAACCGAGUUCAGUGUGGUUGCGCGCCCGUUCGCUGUGGGUGCCCUCACGGCAAUGCGAGGAGACUACUCAUCCCAACGUCAACUCGCCCGCACGAUAGGACGCUCACAGGGCACCUUAUCAGAGCUUCUGAAACGCGUAGAGGCAAAGGCAAAUGACCAUACUGUUGCUUUAUGGGACGAAAUUCUAUACAAGAACGACCUGGGUCGAGGAAGGAGCUCACUGUUGACACGUCAAGAGAAGGAGAAGAUCGUUCAACUGGCAACAAGCUCACGCGAGGCACGUGAGAAGAAGAGCUGGCAGCCUAUUGCAGAUGGAGAUUUUGAAGACGUCGUACCCGAAAUGAGUAUAACAACGUUUGAAAACGUCAUGUAUGAAAUUGAGUAUGCUCGCCGAGCUCCAGAGAAGGAACGUUACAAAUGGGCCCUUGCCCACAACCCCGAUAAAUAUAAGGAAUAUGACAACCAGGGCUUUGACUUUAGGAUAGUAGUCUUCUCGGAUGAGACUCCAGCUCGUGUGGGUGAGCAGAGGGGGAUGAUGCGUAUUUGGUUCCGUGGAGGAGAGAAGUACAACGAAGACGUCAAACAUGACCGGAAUCGAUCAUACUAUUGCCUGCAGUCCUACAGCUGUUUUAGGCAUGGAUUGAAGGGGCCUUGUCACGUCUAUUCUACUGAAACUGCAGAGGAGAAGCUCGCUGCUGAGGGUCAUAUUCGGGAGCUCAAUGCCGAUCAGAAGACCCGCGAUAACAAGCUACAAAUCUACGCACGCCAGGCCUUGAGUAACAUUGGAGAAGGAGACGUUGGACUAUGUUCCAAGUCAUCCCAUGGAUCAAAUUGCUUAAAAAACAAGGACUUCAAUGUAUACUACAACAAGAUGGAGCUCCUGCUCAAAAGGCUCGAAUUUCUCGUGAUCUACUUAUCGUGGAGAAGAUCCAUCGGUUGUGGUGGCCAGAUCACUCGCCUGAGGUCAACGCAUCCGAGCAUGCCUGGCCUUGGAUUCGGCGGCACGUGA